AAAAGAAGAAGUUAGAGGUUAGGUAUGUGAAGAUAAAAAAUAGAAUAAUGUAAAUGUAAUGUAUGUAGGUUUUGUGUAUGUUUAGGAGACUGUUAUUUGCCAUCGUUUUUUGAAAAAUAAAUGUUGAUUUCUUGAUCAAAGAAUCAAUUUACAGUAUAAAUUUAUCAGAACAGAUUAUUUAAUUUCUCGAAUGUCUUAAUAUCAUAUAUAAUUUGAGUAGUUCAAAUCAUAUAUCAAUAAAAUGUCUUCCGAUUCGGAAUCUGACAACGAAUCCAAUCGAAGUGUAACUCCCAGCAGAGGCCCAGCUCCUACCCCCGGACAUGGUUUAGAUAGAUCAACAUCAAACUCCCCAGAUUACGGCAAAUCAAGGGAAACGAGUCGCGAGAGGUCGCUAAGCAGAUUUCGAAACAGGUCAAAAUCUAGAAGUCCAGCUUCAAAUCGUUCUGGCUCACGUAAAUCUCCGAGUCCUGCGAAUUCUCAAAGGUCCGAUUCCGCGGUAUCCAGAAGAUCAGAUUCUGCAGCUUCUAAUAAAUCUGGGUCAGCAGUAUCAGAAGCGGGUUCUCAUCAUUCUGUAAGGUCCCCUUCAGCUAUAUCUCACAGAUCAGAUUCAGCUGGGUCCAACAGGUCCAGAUCAGGUAGUCCAAAUUCUAAGCGUUCUGGGUCAGCUGCUUCUAAGAGAUCUGCUUCUCCUGCAUCAAAGAGGUCUGAUUCCGCUGCAUCAAAAAGGUCAGGAUCACAUGUUUCACGAAGAUCUGGUUCACAUGUUUCAAGAAAAUCUGGCUCGCAUGUUUCAAGAUCGGGAUCACAUGUUUCAAAGAGAUCUGAUUCAGAAACAUCAAAAAGAUCAGAAUCAGCUGCAUCAAGAAGGUCAGGAUCUGCUGCAUCUAAGAGAUCAGAUUCUGCUGAAUCUAAGAGAUCUGGAUCUGCUGAAUCUAAGAGAUCAGGUUCUGCUGCAUCUAAAAGAUCCGGCUCAGCUGUUUCUAGAAGGUCAGGUUCAGCUGAAUCAAGAAGAUCAGCAUCUGCAGCUUCUAGACGAUCAGGUUCUAUAGCCUCAAGGUCAGUUUCCGUAACAAAAAAAGCAGCUUCAAAUAGAUCACGAUCAGGCUCAAGAAGAUCUAGGUCAGGCUCACAAAGGUCUAGGUCAGGCUCGGCAGCAUCAAAUAGAUCCGGAUCAGCAGCAUCUAAGAGAUCUGGGUCAGCAGCAUCUAAGAGAUCUGGGUCAGCAGCAUCUAAGAGAUCUGGGUCGGCAGCCUCAAAAAGGUCCGGAUCAGCAACAUCGAAGAGAUCCAGAUCAGGAGAAUCUAGAAGAUCUGGCUCUGCAUUGUCGAAUCGAGCAGGCUCACAUAGAUCUAGAUCAGGUUCAAGAAAGUCAAGAUCAAGAUCAGGUUCAGUAGCCUCCAAAGGAUCCAGGUCAGGUUCAAGAAGAUCUAGGUCUGGUUCUGCUGCAUCGAAAAGGUCGGGCAGUGCAGGAUCUAACAGAUCAAAAUCAAGGUCUAGAUCUCGUUCUAAAUCAAGAUCUAAGUCUAAGGAUCGUAGUGGAUCCAAUAGUCCCAACUUGCAAAUCGACGAAGAUCAUGAAAAGGGUGACAAACGAAAAAGAGAUAGCUCUGAGGAAAGAGAAGCUAAAAAGAAAAGUCGAAUUAUUGAUUCUGAUAGUGAAGAAGAAUUAGGUGGAGACAAAGAAAAAGUGGAUGCUGCUGAUAUUUUUGGAGAUGCUGAUGACAUCAGUAGUGAGGAAGAGAAAGACAAGGCUGAAUCAGAAAAGGACGAAGGAAGAAGAUCUCGAUCAGAUGAUGGAAGACGGUCUAGAUCGGAAGAUGAAGCUGAACAAAGACCUACAAUCCAAGAUGAUGAAGAAAAGGAAAACGAACCUGAACCUAUUCCAGAGACAAGAAUAGAUGUAGAAGUACCUAAAAUAAGUUGUGAUUUAGGAAGAGAUAUAAAUUUUGUGAAGCUACCAAAUUUUCUUUCUGUUGAAACUAGACCAUUCGAUCCUGAAACUUAUGAAGAUGAAAUCGAUGAAGAAGAAACUCUUGACGAGGAAGGUAGAGCAAGGUAUGAUUUGCAUCAAUACACACUUGUGGUGUUGAGGAAAAAAUAAAAAUUUUCCUACUCAUACUUUCUCACAU